AUGGCCUCAGUGUGGCCACUUACUAAAGACAAGUACUUAGCCAUAAUCAAGCAGUAUCUGAGAUAUCAAAAGAAAACAUCAUGUCAGUUUUUUGAACAGAAGACAAGAAGAGAAAAGAUACUAGCAGUGUCUUCAGAGAUGGCCAGCUUCAUCCAGCCAAUGCCAGAUAUCUAUAACAUCAACUCUGAUAAGAACUCAGAGAAUGGAAUGCCCAUGACUGAAGAAGAAGAUCAAGAGCUGCUAAUGCAGAGAUAG